UUAAAAUGAGGACAAAAUAGUUAGUUCACAAAAAAUGUAGGGGUGGAGGUAUAAUUGUUGGGGUCUAAGGGAAAAUUUUCUACAAAGCGAGGAUCCUUGGGCUUGGGAAUAAACACGGAGUAGGCCCGAGCCCGACAGUUUGAGUUUGGUAAACUCAAUCAGAAAUUCAGAAAACGAAACCCUAAGUGCUCCGCUCCUUGGAGAGAAGGGCGAUUUUAGGCCAUGGCUGGAGGAAAGAGUAGCCGCGCCCAGAAAUCAAACAAGAGGUUUCAGGUUCGUAUUAAGAAACGAUUAGCAAGAAAAGCUCGUCAAAAGGCAGAAGAGGAGGCUCGUCAAAAGGCAGAAAAGGAGGCUUGUCAAAAGAAGCACGUCAUAGAAUAUUUGAAAUGGUUAAUUCCGUUUGCUGCCCAUUCACAUUGGCUAUCUCUGGAAGUCAUUGCUAAUUCAGUGAAUACUGAUGGCAAUGAACAACUACAAAAUUUGGUUCAGAGAUUCUUGAACAAAGAUAUUACUGAAAAAUCGAUUAUUCUUGACUUUGCACCGCAAUUUUGUAAGGAAUAUGGAGUAGAUACGCUGGACUUUGAACAUUAUGAUCCAAAUUCACCAUAUCCCCCUCCUACAAAUAAUCCAUAUAUGCAUAUUGAAAGGGAGUAAUUCAGAAGAAGAAUCGUGCUCCGAGUGACAACACUACCUAAGUGACCGUGCUGCGAGAAUUGCCUCAUGUGCUUAUUUUUGAGCUUAAGCGCUAUGUCUUCUGUCAAAAG